AUGCUAUUAUAUUUAACUUAUAGACAUGAGGCUAGACAACUCAUUCAAUCAAAAGAAAUUGGGGAUUUAAAUGGGGAAAAUAUUCUUCAACGAAUCCAAGGGCUGAUAGAAAACCUGCCAUCAAUUCGCCAAGCUGCCAUUGUACAAGUCCAAAAAGCUCAGUAUAAACAAAAACAGCUUUAUGAUAGAAAAAUUCAGAAAAUUACUGAAUUUAGUAUAGGAGAUAAGGUUUUUGAUUGGAAUGUAGUGAAAUUAUGUACUCUGGCAGGGCAAGUCAUUUUGACCCCUAUCAGUAUUAAAUUACUGAAACGAUACUAUAAUCGUCAGGGAAUUAAUAUAAGAGAAAGUACAUUAAAUUAG